GUCAGCUGUAAAUUCCAGGUUAAAGGAAAUGCCUUCAGAGGGAAAGAUUCAGCAAAAGGCUUUUGCACCCCUUGUUUUGCCAGUCAAAGGAGUUGGUUGGCUUCAACCACGUUUUUGUGAACGGUUGUCAUUUUCCGCCAGACGAACCAAUUUGAGAAACCUACCAGCAAAAUUAUCCUGUUUCUUACCUGGAAUUGUAUAUUUAAUUUAAUUUAUUUUGAGAAAAAAAUAAUGAUGUAAAAUAUGUCACUACUGUAAAUUAACUUCCUUUUUUUAUCUGCUGCUGAACAGUUUCUACUUUAUACCAGGUUUCUUAUGCAAUUUAGUGGUCAAGAUUGUGUAAAACAAAAUGAAAGCCUGUUGUCAUUAGGUCAUCACUUGUCCUCCCUGCUUCAUACUGAGAUAGAUUAACGGCAGCCCAACGUCAGCUCUGUCCGUAGAUGCGAUUUUUUUUGUCAUUGAAUCACCGUUGCCUUUCGUCGGCGUCACAGUUUGCCCCGUCUCGUUCAGAGGGACAGGUUGAGAACUUUUUGUGGUAUUCACAUUUUCUGAGAAAAAGCCUUCUGUUAGCAUUUUCUUCAAAUGUCAGUACAUGUAAGAGUUUCAAAACCAUGACUCUCAACCUGCAUGAUCCCCUCAAACAGCUCUGUUAUGUAUCGUUUUAAGCUAUGGAUGCAAAUGGAACAGCUUUACGCAGCACCUUGAGAGUUGUUGUUUUAUUAUUGUUAGACUCACACAAGCAUAGCUAAUGGUAACAGGAGGUUAGUGCCAACUUCUCAGGAUCAAACUUUAGUGGGAUCUCGAUUAGCAAUCAGUAAGAUAAACUUAAUGCUCACCGUCAACAAAGAAGUCUGAUAAUGAUCACUUAGUUGAAGUUAUUGAAAAUCACGGACAAGCAAAUCCAGACUGUGAAAAUAGCCUAAGCUGUGAUUAUUCUGCAUGUGGACUGAUUAACUGGCAUCUGCGCUUACCUCAAUUUAAACGGAUAGCAUAUUUGACCAGGUUUAUGGUUGAGUUCUUAAUCUGUUGGGGAAUACAGGGGAUUUUAAUGGCUCCUUAGUAGAGUUAGGCUAGUUAUUCUUAUUUUGUCGUGGCACAUUUGGCUUCCAAUUAGUGCUUCAUAUUCACUCGCGGGCUUAGACUCUUCAGGACUUUGGCUAGUUUGUGGGAUAGUGUUUUUCUGUGAACAUCUUGAGUUCUGAUCGGUACAUACUUCAUUAGAAUUUAUCACCUUCACUCGAUUACUAAAUCUGGGUUGUGAUCCUUGACAGAGACUUAACUCACCGCUUAGUAAAGCGUAAGCAAGUGGGGGCUGAACACGACCCCCCCCCCCCCCAUUUAGGCUUUAUUUUAAAAAACACUAAAAGGUUGUGUUUGGGUGGAGUCUGGAAACCAUUGGCUUUUGUUCACCUCAUUGAUGAUGUUGUUGCUGAAUAUUAAGCCAUGAUGACGUGAACUCUGUAUAACGUAUUGAUCUGUGACUGACACUGAAACAUAGCUAUAACCAUCUUUUGGCGCAUGCAAUCAGGUUUGAGGGAGUUGGGGUGAGUUUCAGUAGGAUACCAUUGGUAGUGCAUUCUGGGUGAAUGUGAUGUGUACAGUUGGUAGAUUUCUGUAGACUUGAUUAUCACAUAACUGCUGUUGACAUUACCUUUUAAAGUCAGAAUUUUCUAACCUACCAUGACCUCCUCUGACCGGUGUUCACUGUAUUUGCACAGAUUCGGUGCGUUUGAAAUGUCAUUAAGCAAUACGCUCUGAAAAUGGUGUGUCCAGGUAAUCCACCCUAACGCCAUUCUUUUCGUUUUUGUUUUAUUUUUUUUGUUUGUUUUUUGUUUUUUUUUCCAUUUUGUGUCAAUGCAAUGUAUAUUGGACAUGAUGCUCAAUAAAGUGUGUAAACAGAGUGCUUUGUAAUGUUGUGUUUUACAUUUUUGAUGAGGACACACUCAGGGUUCGAGUAUAUUAGACCUCUGCUCUGUAAUUGGAACCCAGUGGGAUACUCUCGCGUUUCAGGGCUGGUUUCGUUUCACAAUAAUAGGCUCUGCUGGCUGCAACAUGCACUGAGCAGACAAAGAUGCUAGCAACCUUUCUGAUAUAGGACAGGAAAUACUGCUGUGUGUAUAACUGAAGAUGAGGAAGCGGGUUACGUUUGCUGAGAACCUGAAAAAAGAAAACUUGUUCAGAAAUGGAAGUGGUCACAUCUUAAUGAGAUCUGCAGGCCCUAAGAGGAGAUGCACGGGUGGCUUUGAAUGUCUACCUGGUCAGCAGGUGAGAGAAAACUACAGAGGACAACACACAAACAUACCUGCAGGCAGCCAACACCUGAAAACGAUACAUCCUCCAAAAUCUAUGAUGUCUGCCCCUUUCUUACAGGAGCCAGCUUUUACUGGAGGACGCACACCCUACCUUUGCAGUAUAGCAAACAUCUACAGUACAGAGCACAUGAGACGGCAAAUGAAGCAGCACUAUCUCAAUGUCCUGCACGCAUGCAUUCAGUUAGGUCAUGAUGAGACCCGCAGGAGAUUGUAUGGAGAUCACCAUUGCAAAGAAAAGAGCAUGUUUAAAACUGAUCCAGAGAAGAACAAUGCAACUGCAAAUAAGCAGCAAAGGAGAAGCAGCGACAGAGCUUAUUCUGAUCUCACACUUCCAAAAAUAGUUAACAGAUGAUAUGUAUGUAUUUAUAAAUUGUCGUAGGAAAAGUCUUACAUUCAUACACAUGCUAAUAUCCAAAAUACAUCAAUAAAUGUAACAUAUCUGUUAUUAAGUCAGCAUGUUUAUACAGUGGCUCUAUCAGUGCUGUCAUGUAUCUGAGACUUGUAUUGUUUGCAUGUUCUCUAUGGGGACUUCAUCUUCCUCCCACAGUCCAAACAUACGUUAGGUUGGUUAAUGUUGUCUGUCUCUCUGUAUUUAUUUAUUUAAAAAGGAUUAUAGUUUCUAAUUAGUUUUUAUUUUUAUUUCAUUUGAACUUUUUUUUUGCUUUUAAUUCAAUUUUAUUGUUUCAAAUGUUUAGUUUUAGUCAAGAUUAUCUUGGUUUUAGUCCAGUUAUUAUUAGGAAAAUGUAGGAAUAUGUAA